UAUUUAGAAAUGACCUCCAUCAUCAGAAGUUAAAACACUAUUUUCAUCUUUAAGUGAACGGACUCAGUCUCCCACAAUGCACCGCAUUGUUGUCCUCCGGCCCGCCAUCCAACAUGGCCGUCGACGGAUGCGUCUUCCACAGAAUCCUGUCCCGGUCCGGUUCCGUUCAGAACCAGGCUCCGCUGCUCUGCAGGGAGCUGCUGCUGGUCCUGCAGCUCAGGCGCUACAGCCGGGACCAGGGCUCCAGCGUCUACUUCCCGCAGAGCGUCCUCAGUGGCGAUGACUUGUACGACGUGACGCUGACGGACCGGGACUGCAGGCUGCGGGUCACUCUGGACCCGGGUCUGAACCAGCUGGUGGAGAGGCGGGUUCUGCGGGCAGAGUCAACUCUUAGUCAGGCCUCCUUCUGCCACACCUUAAGCGCUCAGGUCACAGGAGGCCCCGCCUCCCCUCGUGAAGUCAGUUAUAGGUUGGUUAACAUGGUGGUCCGAGAGGAUGAUGAGGAUGAUGAAGAUGCAGGAUUUGGGAUUCUGGACAUGGACUCUCUGCCCUGGUUUGGAUCAUCAGAACCAGCAGAUGUUCCUCUGAGAGCGAGCAGGAGCGUCUUCCUCCCUCUGUGGAACAACGUGGACUACAGUGGCGAAGCCUGGAGAGAGGCCCCGCCCCCUGAGGAGAAUGAUGAAGAGGAGGAGGAAGGACGACGCCCAGCUGUGUCCGUGUCCGAACUGCGGGACUACUUCCUGUCCGGCCAAAGGGGCAGAGCCAGAGGUCAGCUGAUCGUACGCAUCACGAACAAGUCGCAGCUCAUGUAUUACGGAAGAGCAGACAGGAACUGUGACUGUCCUUAUAAGGCGGUUCUGGAGGUGUGCGACCGCACAGGAAGUGCAAGUGUGGUUCUGUGGAACAGCAUGUGUGUCCGCUGGUACCGGUGUCUAAAGCCCGGUGACAUCAUCAGCCUGAGACAGUACCGGGUCAAGCAGCAGUACCUGGGGGAGGAGGGCGACAUCGAGAUCAGCGUGAACAGCAGGAACCCGGCGGCUCACCUGGACCUCCUCCCAGAAUCUCGGGUCCUGUCGGAGUACGCCCCCCCCGACCCCCCCUACAGCUUCUGCAGCAGUCAGGAGCUUCUGGACCGCCCUCACGGCACCACCUGUGAUGUCAUCGGCCUGUUGACGUUUGCUGGACGAUCUGAGCGAGUCAGAACCAGAGACGGUAAAGGGGCGGAGCUUCUGGAGUAUCGCUGGCUGCAGUUAGAGGAUGACAGCAGCCCUCAGCCAAUCACGGUGAAGCUGUUCUCCACGUCGCAGCCAGAGACGCACAGGAGGCUCCACCCACUGUCCGUGGUGGUCUGUACCCGCCUGAAGCUGAUCCGGUCGGACCACAGCUGUUCCUAUCUGACCAACACCACCUUUACGCAGGUGUACUGCACAGGACUGGACCAGCACUCUCGGAUGAGCUACCGGAGGCUGGCUCGGGUGCGGCUCUUCCUGCGAUGGCUCCGCAGCCAGGAUGACGGACAGAUGCUGAGCAGGGCUCUGAUUGGAGGAUUCUUCAUCCACCCAGCCCCUCCCACAUCCCUGGAAGCCCUCAUGAAGGAGAGGAAAGGUGAGGUGGGUUUUCUUCGAGGGGCGGAGCUUGAGAGGGAGCUGCAGAGUCUCUGUUUCCGGGAGCGGCGCUCUUUCUUUGUCCAGGCAGCUGUUACCAUGGUGACCUACAGCCUCAGGGGGGCGGAGGACCGCUGUAUGUUCUGGAUGGACAGAUCUUCAUCUUCC